UUUCUUUGUCAUUCAGCCACGUCAUUUUUGUAAUUUUUGGUUGAAUGAGAAGAUUGUUGAGUGUGGUGUUAGUUUACGCGGCGUCUAAUUAAACUAUUCCCCAAAAUAUUGAAUCAUGAAUAUAUUUCGUUUACUCGCCGACUUAUCCCACCUGUUAGCUAUUAUUAUACUGCUACUAAAAAUCUGGAAAACCAGAUCAUGUGCAGGGAUAUCGGGAAAAUCGCAAAUACUAUUUUCCGUGGUAUACACCGCGAGAUAUUUGGACUUACUAACAGCUUACGUGUCGGCUUAUAACACGAUAAUGAAAAUAGUCUUCAUCGCGGCAUCUUACGCUACAGUGUAUUUGAUGUAUGUCAAAUUUAAGGCCACUUAUGAUCACAAUCACGACACAUUUAGGAUUGAGUUUUUGUUGAUUCCAACUCUGAUACUCGCUUUACUUAUCAAUCGCGAGUUCACUGCAUUGGAGGUUUUAUGGACAUUCUCAAUUUAUUUGGAGUCAGUUGCAAUUUUGCCCCAGUUGUUCCUGGUGUCAAAGACUGGGGAGGCUGAAAGUAUUACAUCUCACUAUUUGUUUGCCCUAGGCUCAUACCGAGGUCUCUAUCUCUUGAACUGGAUAUACCGCUACUUUGUUGAGGAACAUUUUGAACCUAUAGCGGUAAUCGCUGGUGUCGUACAGACUGUGCUGUAUUGUGACUUCUUUUACCUCUACAUCACUAAAGUUCUUAAAGGAAAGAAGCUACAGCUACCAGCCUAAGCCACACAAGCCUUUUAGGUGCAAUAUGAAACUGACAAAAAUGUCUUCAAGUAUAUUUUAUAUAAGUCAAUAAUUAAUUACCUAAGAACCUAGUUGUACAAGUGACACUUUGCAGCUGUGAAAACAAUUGUUAUUAUGAAGCAAUUGUCAUUCUGUUAUACACUUAAUUUAUGUAAUUUUGUUAUCUUCUAUGCUAUGACUUUGUGAUCCUUUGUUUUAUCCUUACGCUAAAUGGGUGUACAUAGAUUUUAAUCUUGGGGGAGAGUGAGAAACUAAGAUUAAUAGGAAAUUUGUUAGGGGCCAUGUUAGUGCAAUAUUAUGGGUGUGAAUGACCUAUCUGGUAAUGGUAGUUUCCAAGAUUGUAUUCAGAUUACUUAUAUGAAUUUUUGUACAUUGGGUUACCUAAAUAUCUUAAAAAACAAUUAGUAUACAUAAAAUAUAUUAUAAGGUUUACCCUUAAAAAGUGAGUGUUUUAGACCAAUAAGAAUGAGUUUUUGAAGAUUUGAUUCUUUGAUCAAUCGAGUCUUUUAAAAUAAAGACUAGAUGCUUAAGAACAUAGAUUUUCUCUUUAUUUUUGGUGAUUAUGUUAAAUGGCAAUAAUUAGUUUGAUUUUUUGAAAGGUUUGUUGACUUGUCAAUCUAAGCUAAGGUAAGAAAAAAUACACUAAAUCUAUUUUUUUUUUUUUAAUGAAUUAUUAUAAUCAAAAAUAAUUGUUCAAAUAAUGUCCAAAUCUUUCUUUCCUCUGCCUCCUCUUAUGUAUGCCCAUCUACCGCCAUUUAGACCGUUGACUUAAAAAGCCAAACUAACAGCAAUAUUAAUUCUAACAAUUUAAACAUUGUUUCUUAAUUUUGGAAGCCAAAAAUACAAUUAUUAGUUACUAUUAAAUAGUUAAUUAUUAGCGUGCAUGUCUCACCGAGUUUAAUAUUGAAUUAAUAAUUACGAAACUUUGUAUGCGAUCUAUAACCAGCUGUGCCCGCGUUUAACUUAACCGAACUUAUUGAAUAUAGAAAAUCGAAAAACCACUGGUACAGUCCAUGCUUCGCAAUUAUUUGCGAAAAUCCGUAGGAACUCUUCAUUCUUCCAGGUAUAAAAAGUAUUGUAUGUAAGUAUUCUGUAAAAUGCAAGUUAGCUUAAUGCCAAUCAUAUUUCAUCAAUCAGUGCAAUGGUUAAGCCGAACAUAGAUAUCAUACAAACAUACACACUCACAUUUGAUACAUCAUUAACAGCUGUUAAACAAAAAGUGUAAUUAUUGUUUUGUCAUUCAUACAGUGAAUACAGAAGUACGAUAACACUGGUAACUUAUUACCAGUGUUGUCGUACCACGCCUCUAGGAGUAGCUAUCGUUAUGUCCUACGGAAUCUUGUUGUGGGGUAAA